AUGUUGCUAAGCGAACGAAUAAUUCCCUCGCCGCAGCGAGAAACCGCAAUGGACCGCUUACUGAACUCGCUUGAAGACCGUGGGAUGAAUUUGGAGCAACAGGUUCGAGACGAGAAAGAAGGAACCGCUCCCGUCCCCAAAGUAGCAAGACUCCUCCGUGAUGGGCAGGGGAAGUUCAUGUAUAUUGGUGACUCGGCGAGCUUGUCAUUCCUGCAGAGUGUUCGUCGAGUAGUAUCCUCAUCAAUCGGUCGAUGCGAGUUCACCGAAGACAACUCUCGUCACUCCAUGCUGGAGGCUUUUCAGAAUAACUCCAGCAACCACCCGGGUUCUCUCAUCCCACCACCCAGUAACGAAGAAGCCCAGCGGCUUUCUCGUCAGUAUGUCCUUGCGACUAGCCCAUUGCUCGAUCUUUUCGAUCUUGAGGAAUUCCAUCCCCGCCUUGCCAAUUGGGUCAGCAACCCAUCUGGCGAUGAAGACACUGUCAGCUCCAUUUUCUACCUCGUCCUCGCAAUUGGAGCCCAGGUCUCCAAUAUAAACCAGAGCCUAGCAGAACAGUACUUUAGCAGUGGACGCCAAUUGGCAUUCUCUGCUUUCCAAGAAACCCCCAGCAUUCAUACCAUCCAGUCUUAUAUCCUUGUCUCGAUGUACAUGUUGGGCGCAUGUCGACGUAACGGCGCAUUCAUGAACUUGGGAAUUGCUUUGCGAGCAGCUUAUGCAGUUGGCAUUCAUCGAAAAGAUGCCAAUGCACUCUUUUGUGGCCGUGAACGGAGAGCGAGGGAACGCGUCUGGAAGAGCCUUCGCAUGAUGGAUCUGUUCCUCAGUGCCUCGUUGGGGCGCCCACCAGCAACGUCAGAUUAUGAUUAUGAUAUACGUGACGAAACUUUCGCCUCUGAAGAACAACAGCGGAACCUUACCUCUGAUCAGCAGCUCUCAGUGGCAGUGGUUUCCUUAUGUCGGAUAUUCGAACGCAUCUUAACAGAUGUCUACAUGAAACAAGUCAUUUCGAUUAACGUUGCCGAGGAAAUAUCCAAUCAGCAUCGUGAUUGGGUCCGCACGUUGCCCACAGUUCUCAAAAUGCAGACUGAAAGGCUUGACAACAAACCCAUGGAAGACAGCCUAGCUGCAGCCCAUGUCUUCGGGUCCUAUUACUGGUCCAUUAUCCUCCUCACGCGGCCAUUCCUCGUUUAUCGCGUAGCUCGGCAUGUGAAAAGCAAAGCCGACGCAUCGGCUUCUUCCGAAACCCGGAAUGGAAGUUCUCGAAUCUCUCUUUUCGCCGAUGCAUGUGUUUAUUCUGCGCUGCGCGGGCUGGAUGUGGUCGAUGAUCUCACUCGAUUCGCAUCGCUUCCUCGCCGGCUACCUUUCCUCAUUAAUUCGGUCUUCAAUUCAGCUGUUGUUCUUGGCGCGGCAUUCUUCGCCGAUUACGACAAUAUGUUACCCCUAGAGGAAGGGCUAAACAAAGCAGAACGCUUUCUGGGGCUAUUUGUCCCGCAUGAUCCUCAUGCAUGCCGCUUCUUCCAGAUCAUAAAGUACCUUCGUGCUGCAGUGGCCGAAUAUGUCCAGCGACGUAAUCGCCAGUGGAUGGAACGUCGAAGCAAACAAGUCGACCAACUUUUCGGCCAAGUUGGUGGCGGCAACGACCCUGCGGCCUCAAAUAUCUCGCGUCCAAUUCAUGAGAUUAUCACUCCCAGUCAACAAGGCGAGACGCAACAUUCACCUGUCGUGCCCUCUCCCACAUCGUCCAGUAAAGUGGCCGGGACCACGCCGUCGUCUCUAUUUGCCUCGCAGCCUACAGGAUCGGCUGGACCUCAACCACCGGGUAGUGAUAUGUGGGAUGCCCUCUACAAUGGACCGGAUGGAGGAGCCGCGGCUCUAUCUUAUGAUGCGGCAAUUUCUGCUCUCACCACUUCUGGGAUUCCUGUUGGCUGCUCUCCGGGUGGCACCAUUCCAUCUGGACAACCUGCACUUUCAGGCGGACCAUCUCCUCUCUCCGAUGUGAUGUUUCCUGAAAAUGGUUUAUUGUACAUGGCCGAGGACCUGCCGGUGUUUGGUAUUUGGGACGAGCCCUAG